AUGAAGCGUCAACAGAGACCUGCUUUUUCAUCGGAGCAAGAGGAAAUGCUCAUUGACUGUGUUCAAGAACUCGAGGCCCUAUAUGACUUCUCUCACAAACGAUAUUCCGAUAACCAGUACAAAAACCUGAUGUGGAAAGAAAUUGGUGAGAAAUUACAACAAGAUGCAGAACAAUGCAAACCUCGCUGGGAAUCCAUUUGGAGUCAAUAUAGGAAGAUAAAGAACUCCAGCACAGGCCAGGCAGCAGAUAAAAAACCAAAAUGGAAUAAUGAAGACCACUUAGAAUUUCUAAGGCCUCACAUGAAAGACAAACAACGAUUGACUUCGAUUGCUAGUGAAACUUUAAGCGUUAUAACGGAUGACGAGGAUGAAUCAAACCCUGAAAAUCCUAAUGAUCCUGAUGUUCCUGAAAGUUCCUCUGUCUGCUACGCAGAAGAUACACCCAAAAAAGGAAAUUACUAA